UACUCCAUCAAGCUUCAAGCAGACAACAUGCCUGUUUUUGAAACAAAAUCGUGUUUAAAUGAGUUGACGUAUUUAAAGUUCAAUUUUAAAACCACUGGAUCACUGCAAUAAAACGAAGAAGCGAUAUUGCUGUUGUUAAUCUACUACUAACAAGGAUAACAUUAAAAUGUCCGUCACUCUUCACACUGAUCUGGGCAAUAUUAAGAUUGAGGUGUUCUGUGAUGUAACCCCAAGAGCAGCUGAGAACUUCUUAGCGCUUUGCGCCAGUAACUAUUACAAUGGAUGUCUUUUCCAUCGAAACAUAAAAGGAUUCAUGGUGCAAACUGGAGAUCCAACAAACACAGGAAAAGGUGGAACAUCUAUUUGGGGUAGAAAAUUUGAGGACGAGUUUACAGAAGAGUUAAAACAUAAAAAUCGUGGCUACAUUUCAAUGGCAAAUUCUGGACCAAAUACAAAUGGUAGUCAAUUUUUUAUCACGUACGGCCCACAACCUCAUCUGGACUUAAAGUACACCAUACUUGGAAAAGUUAUAGAUGGAUUUGAUGUGUUGGAUGAGUUGGAAAAACUGCCGGUUAAUCCGAAAAAUCACCGUCCAUUGAAAGAUAUACAUUUAAAUAGUGUGACAAUUCAUGCUAAUCCAUUGGCGCAAUGAACCCUAUGAAGUGUAUACGGAUCAAUGAUAAAUUAUAAAACAACAGAUUCGGA